AUGAAGCUCAGCAUCGCCACUCUUACCGCGCUGUCGGCGACCACGAGCUUGGUCUCUGGCAUGACCAUUGGACCACUGCCGCCGUUCCCUCCAAUCAUCCCGCCGAAGCAGAUGCAGAAGACUGCUGAAUCCAGCGUUGCGGGAGAGCUGGGUCCUCGGGCGGCCGCAUAUACCUCAGUUCUGACAAAGGCCACUGCCCAAAGUGCAUCGUCUACCUCAGUUCAGGAUGCUCAGCCAACUUCAAUCGGAGAGUCAGUGUAUGAGGCGAAGGAACAAGUCCUUGGAGACCUGUCGUCUCUCUUCGGAUACCUUUCUGCCGGUGGCAACGUCCUGCACGGUCUCGGCUUGGACAAGCUCGACAGCACCCAACUUAUGGAUGUUUGUGCGGGUACCACUGCCGCCUUCUCCGACCGUUACGAUGCCAUUGGGUUGAAUACGACCGCCAUCUUUGCACCCAUAUGCGGCCUCAACACCACCACCAAACCCUCCGAAUACGGCGUCGUCAACUCCAUCUACUACAACGCCAAAAUCUUCACCACCCAGCUCAUCAACAUGGUCAACACCACCUCCGCCCUCAACACCAUGUGCUCCUCGCUCCGUCUCGACUUGAUCGACUUCUUCCCCCUCAUCGGCGAGCAGGUCAAAGACGGCGUCUGCUCCGCCGCCGGCACCGUGCGGGCUCCACAGGGAUUCAAGAACAACCUCAAACCCAACCCUGCCGCCGUGCAAGCAGCGAAGAACACCCAGAGCGUGCUCUUCGCCAUCCUCACCGCCGUCGGCUUCCAAACCCCUGCGGAGCUAAGCGCACUAUGCGACUUCGCACCACAGUUCAUGGACUUGCUCGACGCGGAGCAGAUCAACGGCACCCUUGUGGAGUCGACGCUCUGCAGGAUCAAUCAGCCGCUGUCGGUGCAGCAGGCGAAGGCGAUGGUGAAGAGUUGGAUGACGAGGUAUUUCGUUACGGUGCUGGAGAAUGUGAGUAAUGCGGAGGGGUGGAAGGGGUUUUUGUGUCGGAGUGUGGAUGUGGCGGGGUUGGAGGGGGUGGGGUUGAGUGGGGAGGGGGUAAUGGCGCAGGUGUGUCGGGAUAGGAGUGGUGAUGAUGGGGAGGCGGAGGUGAAUGAUAGGGAUUCUGAGGUUUGA